AUGCAACAAUGCGAUUAUCAGCUUUGCCGAAAGGCUAUCCAGAUGCCUGAAUUCAGUAAUCCCAUGGCCAUUGGACAGGCCAUCAUGAAGAAUCUUCCUGCUUCAGACAUGAUUGACAAGUGCUCUGUCGCAGGUGGGGGCUAUGUGAAUGUCCUGCUGUCAAGCCAAUGGAUGGCUAACAGGAUUCAGAAUCUGCUGCUUGAUGCGAAAGAGUUGCACGUUGGGCAUAUUAGGUCUACCGUCAUUGGAGAUACUCUGGCUCGUUUGCUGGAGUUUUCCAAUGUUGAAUUUCUAAGGAGGAAUCAUGUUGGUGAUUGGGGAACCCAGUUUGGGAUGCUUUUGGAACUUCUGUUUGGUAACUAUCCCGACAACUGGGAAGAUGCUGUAAGUAGUCUUUCCGUUGGGGACUUGGAGAAACUGUACAGAGAGGCAUACAAUAGAGUAUUAGGUCUCCUGGAUCACCUGAUUGUUGAAGAUCAGGGGGGCGCGCGAGUUAUCUUUGUCGAAGGCGAAAAGCAGCUAGUUGUUGUGAAGAGUGGGGGAGGAUACAACUAUAGUUCAACAGAUCUUGCUGCUUUAUGGUAUAGGCUUAAUGUAGAAAAAGGAGAAUGGAUCACCUAUGUAACUGAUGCGGGUCAGAAGGAGCAUUUCGAAAAGCUUUUUUCUGCUGCCAGAAUUGCAGGUUGGCUCCCUGCAACAGCUGAUGAUGAUGAUAGGUACCCGAAAGUCAGCCAUGUUAAGUUCGGUUGUGUUAAAAAUGCUGAUGGAAGCAAAUUCAAGACGAGAAGUGCAGACGUAAUUAAACUAGUCGAUUUGCUAGAUGAAGCUAAAACCCGAAGCAAUGCAGCUUUAGUCGAAAGGGGUAAAGCUAAGGAAUGGACUGCAGAGGAGCUUGAAGAAACUGCUGAAGCUGUUGGAUAUGGAGCAGUGAAGUAUGCUGACCUAAAGAACAAUAUCUCAACAGACUACACAUUCGACCUUGAUAAGAUGCUUAAUGACAAGGGAGAUACCGCCGUGUAUUUACUUUACGCGCAUGCCCGAAUCUGUUCAAUAAUGGGGAAAUCUGGAAAGGACAUUGAAGAACUGAAGAAGGUUGGGACUGUGGUUUUAGAUCAUCCUGCUGAGGUGGUUUUAGGGCUUCAUUUGGUGCAAUUUCCGGAGGUGGUUGAAGAUGCUUGCACAAAGAUGCUACCACAUAUCUUGUGCGAGUAUCUCUACCAUUUGGCAGAAAGCUUUAUGAAGUUUUACAACAAAUGUCCGGUGGUUGGAGCAACAGAGGAGACAAGUCGACUACUGUUGUGCGAGGCGACGGGCAUAGUUAUGCGAAAAUGCUUCCAUUUGCUAGGAAUCACUCCCGUGCAAAAACUUUGA